AGAGAGAGGAAUCUAUCCAGGCUGGAGACUGGAGAAGACAAUAGCAGACUGACGGACAGAGGGACCAUACAAGAGACCCCCACCAGGACACCAUCUGCUGGCUACAAGUGGCAUUUCUCCCAAUAGGUUGCCUUGUACUUUCUACCCUCCUGCUGGCGCUUUAAACAUGAUUGGCAGAUACACCCACGCAGUGGUAAGAGGGGUCCCUGCCUCCCUGGCACUGGAAGCAGAUGGGAAAGUGGACCUGGCAAGGGCUCAGCGUGAGAGCGGGGUCUACUCCGGCAUCCUCAGACAGAAACUUGGCCUUCAAGUGAUGGAGUUGCCCAGCUGUGAGGACCUUCCACGUGGCCAGCUGAUUGGUGACACGGCAGUCGUGAUAGCUGAUACGGCUUUGAUCACUCGCCCGGCCAUUCCUGCCAGGAGGAAAGAGACAGAAGGCCUGCAGAAGUUAUUUGAGGAGCUGAAAUUCAGAGUCUGUGAGAUCACGGAUGAAAACGCCAUGUUGGAUGCCAGCGACAUCCUCUUUACAGGUUCAGAGAUCUUUGUAGGCUUGUCCAAAUGGACGAAUCUAAGAGGAGCAGAGAUGGUGGCAAAGUCAUACCAGGAUUAUGCAGUUUCUGUUGUCCCAGUUUCUGGAGACUUGCAUCUAAAAAGUUUCUGCAGCAUGGCCGGUCCAGAUACCCUUGUUAUUGGAAGCAGCGACUGCGCAAAGAAAGCACUAAAGAUGAUGGAGCAGCUUACAGACCAUCAUUAUGAGACGUUGACUGUGCCCGAUGAUCCCGCUGCCAAUUGUAUCUACGCCCGCGUGGGACCUAAAUCCAACGUCUUGGUGCACCGUAGUGCUGAGGAAUACCCCAACAGUGUCCAGGUCUUCCAGAAACUGACUGAUUACACCCUGAUCCCGGCAUCCUGCACAGAAGUGUCCAAAUUAGGAGGCUGCCUAACCGCCUGCUCCAUAUUGAUAAACCGCAAGCUGGAGAUUUGACUUCUUGCUAUGCACCCGACCACACCACGCUGGCACAAGGUGGUUGGCUUAGAGGCAGCCUACCUGUUCAUAGCCUCCCAUUUAUCUCUUUACAUCCAUUUCAACAUACAGGGUUUACCUUUCAUCAUCCACACUAACACAUAGCACUGUAGCACAUAGGUUUUCUAGAACAAUGGAGGUAUAGGAAAAUGAGGUUUCCCACAGAAGCCAAUGAGGUUCCGUGUGUUUUUUCCAAAACUGAGAAUCAGUUUUAGUUCUUAUAGGAAACGCACUUUUUUUUUUUUCUUGAUCCUAAUUUGAUUGGAUACCUCUAACACUUUGUAUGUACAUAUCUCUAGGACCUGUCUGAAUGUCUGGGGCUGCCAGUAAACUCGAGUAGUUGUUUGAGAUCAUUUGUUUUUCUUAUAAUAGCUGAAACAAUGCAGGUUUUUGGCUUGGUUCUGAUAACUAUAUCCAGUUAUCAAGCGCUGUAUUCGAACUGCAUU